AUGUGACUGCUGGUUCUGUGCCUUGUCCUAUUCCUAGGGGGGACUGGUGCCGUCCCCUCUGUCCAGUCCCGCAUUGUAGGAGGCUGGGAGUGUGAGAAGCAUUCCCAGCCCUGGCAGGUAGCUGUGUACCACGAUGGCUUAGCAGUGUGUGGGGGCGUCCUGGUGCACCCCCAGUGGGUGCUCACCGCUGCCCACUGCCUUCUAAGCCACAGCCUGGUCUUGCUGGGUCGCCACAACCUGUUUGAAAGGGAAGACACAGCCCAGCACAUCCGCAUCAGCUCCUUUCUCCCCUAUCCGCUCUACCACAUCAGCCUCCUGUGGGCCGGAGAGGCCGGCCUCAGCCAUGACCUGAUGCUGCUCCGCCUGUCGGAGGUGGCCAACAUCACCGAUGCUUCUGUGCAGGUCCUCGACUUGCCCACACGGGAGCCACAGCCGGGGAGCACGUGUUUGGCCUCCGGCUGGGGCAACAUUGAGCCAGAGGUAGACCAGUUUGUGCUCCCCAGGACUCUGCAGUGCAUGGACCUCAGCCUCCUGUCCCUUGACCUGUGUCAGAGAGCCUACUCCAAGCUGGUGACCGAGUUUAUGCUGUGUGCAGACUUAAAGGGCGGCAAAGACUCCUGUGUGGGUGACUCCGGGGGACCCCUGAUCUGUGGGGGUGCCCUGCAGGGCAUCGUGUCCUGGGGCGACGUCCCCUGUGACACUACCGCUAAGGCUGGUGUCUAUACCAAGGUAUGCCGCUACUUGCAGUGGAUCAGGGAAACCAUAAGGAGGAACUAACCGACCUGACACCUGUGCCCCUGCCUGGGGAGCGGGAGUCCCCGUGGCGGGCCAGCAGCCCCGUCCAGACCUGGGACAGAAGCAAGCUCCCAUCCAAAUCUCAGGAGGCAGCCAUGGUCUUGUGGUACC